AUGGGCAAAUCUCUAGUCUACUGGAGGUUGGUGCAGAAACAACUUUUCGAUGAGUGGAAGAGUAAACAGAUGAGAAUCCCUGGUCUGUCGGGGUUGAUCCAGAACCGGCUUUUCCCUACUACUGAGUGCAGAGCAAUUUACAGGAACAUUAAAAGAUGCCCAGUAGACCAGGAGAUCAUGGGAAUGUUUCACUACAGCUCCAACAUGACUACAGCUCUGGUUCACUUCCAAGCACACAAGUUCCCCUAUACAGCCUCUGUUUACUACCAGUGCAAUGUCCGUCUCUGUCUCAAGGCUGACGACGGCUGUGGAGAUGUGCCUCCGCCAUGCAAUGACGAGAGGAGACGAAGGAAACGUAAUGAUGAUGAUGGCGAAGGUAGCCCGGCUACCAUUGAAGUUUACAGUGGCUUGUAUGUUAAUGAAGCAAACGAACUUGGAGUGCCAGAUCAAUUGGAUUUGGUGAACAGAGAAAAGGCUUUAGACGAUCCUGAUAACAUCUGCAUCUCCCAACGUAACUUCGCCAUAGCCAUUGCUGUCGCUGGACUUAUCCUCAUGCUCAUGGUUGUUGCUGCCUUCAUUAUUUUGCUCGCUCGAAGACGAUCUCGAAAGGAAAUAUCAACAACUGGAAGUUCGAUUUACAGUGGUCCCUACACCAACACUGCCUAUAGCCAUAGUAGCUAGUUUUAAAGAUGCUGCCAACCAUUAAAUGUGCUAAAUUUCAGUGACUAAUUUAUGAAAAUUUAAACUGACUUAUUAGAUGCAAUAGUAGUUAAUUUAAUAUUACAUUUUGUUUA